UUCUCCACUCUCUCUCCCUCCAUCUCUCCAAGUGCUGGCGGAAUACCGAGCUCAGACAAAGAAAGCUCAGGAGAACAGAGGAGAGAAGUGAAAGAGUGUGCGUUGAGGGACAAAUAAAGCGUUUUAAAGAGAAAAAGACGGGUGCAGACUUUCAGACCUACGGUGUGUGAGGAGACAGAGAGAGGGAGAGAGAAAGACAGUGUCGCCAUUUCAAAAAUGAGUUUUGAGGAACAGCUUUGAGGGACACACAGCGGACGAUUCUGCCUAAUCGCACCACACAGGAGGCGCUCCUCAGAAAACACAUCUGUCCCACCAUCAACCAGUAAAUCUCAGAUGGAGGUGGAUGCAGCCGAGAAGCGUCAUCGAACACGAUCUAAAGUUGCCGUGGAGGCUGCACAAGAGCUGUUCAGCUGUCCCACACCUGGAUGUGAUGGUAGUGGACAUGUCAGCGGCAAAUACGCCAGACACAGGAGUGUGUAUGGAUGCCCCUUGGCUAAGAAAAGGAAAACCCAAGAGAAGCCUCCGCAGGAGCCAGCUUCCAAACGCCGUCCAUUUCUAACCAUGGCUGAUGGAGAGCCCACCAUGUAUGAAAGCUAUGAGGCCAUGGAGGAGGGAGAGGAGAGGGAACAGGAAGAAGUAGAGGAAGUGGAAGAGGAGGAGGAGGAGGAAGGGGACGAUGAAGAAGAGGAGUGCUCAGAUGACAAUGAGGAACAGGGAGAGGAAGAAGAGGACGAGGAAGAAGAUGGAGAGGUGGAGAGAGAGGAGGUAGAGGAGAUAGAGCAAAUGGAGGAAGAGGUAGAAGAAGAUGAGGAAGUUGUGGAGGAGGAUGGGGAUGAUGAAGAGCAGGAAGAUGAUGAAGAGGAGGACGAUGAAGAUGAGCAUGAAGAAGAGGAAUACUAUGAAAAUCUGAGUCAUCAGCAAGACGACAAUUAUUCUAGAGGUGGACAAUCAAAAUCCAAUCAAAUAGUUGAGAAGGACAAUAACAAUAACAAUAGCAUUAACAAUGAGGAGUAUGAGAAUUAUGACGAGCUGGUGGCCAAGUCUCUUCUCAACCUUGGUAAAAUCGCAGAGGAUGCCGCCUACCAGGCCAUGACUGAGUCAGAGAUGAACAGCAAUUCUUCCAACAGUGCAGGUGAGGAUGAUGAUGAGGAUGAAUAUGAGGGGAGUGAACAAGGAGGCCAUAAGGCAGAGUUGAGCGUCGACUUGGAUAGCGAUGUGGUACGCGAGACCGUGGACUCCCUAAAACUUCUGGCCCAGGGACACGGAGCCGUGCUUCCUGACGAGGGAUACGCAGACGCCGGGUCUGGGGAUCCUGGCUCAGCUGGCCACACUAAUGGACGGGGCCAGACGGAGGAGAGUGAGGAGGAAGUGUGUCUCAGUAGCUUGGAGUGUCUGCGCAACCAGUGCUUCGACUUGGCCCGCAAACUCAAUGAGACCCAAACGUCCGAGCGGUACACGAUGGAGGUCCAUGUGCAGCACCAGAUGGAGCAUCAGCAUCAGCAGCAUCAACAGCAGCAGCAGCAGCAGCAGCAGCCUCCAAUGCAUCACAUGCCCAGGUAUGACAGCUGCCAGAUGGACCAGCACAGACCCCUUGAGAGGAACUACUCAGACAUGGUCAAUCUGAUGAAACUGGAGGAGCAGCUCAGCCCUGCUUCAAGAGGCUACCCCUCUAGCUGCGCCCAGGAAGGGGAUGAAGACACUACGUCAGUGGCCUCCGAACGUUCCGAUGAAGCUUUCGACAUGACUAAAGGCAACCUGUCGCUGCUGGAAAAGGCCAUUGCUCUGGAAUCCGAGCGUGCCAAGGUUAUGCGAGACAGAAUGGCAUCAGAACAGAUGGUGGCUCGGAGGGACAAUCAGCGCCUUCAUGGAGAGCACAGCCCAAGGCAGAGCAGCAGUGCAGAAGAACGCAGGGCCCGACUCCAUCAUGAUGGCGCAAAAAGAGCAUAUUACCCUAAAGACUCAAGCGGAGAGAAAAAAGAAAGCAAGUGUCCAACCCCAGGUUGCGAUGGCACGGGGCACGUCACUGGACUCUAUCCUCACCAUCGAAGCUUGUCCGGCUGCCCUCACAAAGACCGUGUGCCACCAGAAAUUCUUGCAAUGUAUGAGAAUGUUCUAAAGUGCCCCACGCCUGGCUGCUCAGGACGCGGCCAUGUAAAUAGCAACAGGAACUCCCACCGCAGUCUCUCGGGAUGUCCCAUAGCCGCCGCCGAGAAGAUGGCAAAGGUUCAGGAGAAACAUCACCCCUGCGACAGCUCCAAGUCCAACCAGGCGUCAGACCGUGUCCUGAGACCCAUGUGCUUCGUAAAACAGCUGGAGAUCCCACAGUAUGGGUACAAAAAUAACGUCCCAACCAGUACUCCACGAUCCAACCUGGCCAAGGAGCUGGAGAAGUACUCCAAAGCCAGCUUCGACUACAGCAACAGUUAUGACAACCAGCCUCAUGCCUAUGGCAAGAGGUCCCUCACCCCGAAGCACCAUGGGCAAGACACCUCACCCAAAGGAUAUGAUGGCAAGCUUGGCUUUGUUAUUCUUUUCCUCUCACGCUGCAGAGAGAUGCCCCAGAGCCUCACCGGGAAAGGCCCGGAGCUCCUGGCACAGAGCCCUGAUGACAGAGAUGGGGAUGAGAACGGAACCCUGGAUCUGAGCCGGGCUGGAGGGAUGGGGGAGGGCAGUGGAGGCACAGUGCUGACCCCCCUGCAGCCCAUGUCGCCCCAGCGGCAGGCCCUGCUCAACAGCCACUGCUUCCAGAUGAGCACGGCAGACUGCUGGGACCUGCCUGUGGACUACACCAAGAUCAAACGCCUGGACGAGGACCACAAGGAGGAUGACCUGGACCCAUUUCAGGAUCUAUUGGAAGAGCAGCAGUAUUCAGGAGACGUGUCCCUCCCCAGUCCCAAACACAAAUAUGCUCCCUGCAAGGAGAGCAAGAAGGAGCUCCUCACGCUAUCAAGCUGCCAACUGGCUGACAAGGGCAUGCGUGAUAUGAUGACAUCUAACUCCCAGGAUCUGAAGUGUCCCACUCCUGGCUGUGAUGGCUCUGGGCAUAUCACAGGCAACUACGCCUCACACAGAAGUCUGUCAGGUUGUCCCCGGGCAAAGAAGAGUGGUAUUAAAAUAAUGCACAGUAAGGAGGACAAGGAUGACCAGGAGCCAAUCAGGUGUCCUGUGCCAGGCUGUGAUGGCCAGGGUCAUGUGACAGGGAAGUAUGCAUCCCACCGCAGUGCAUCCGGCUGCCCGCUGGCCGCCAAGCGUCAGAAAGACGGUUAUGUGAACGGAGCGCCUUUCUCCUGGAAGUCUGGCAAGACAGACGGCAUGACCUGCCCCACCCCAGGCUGCGAUGGCUCAGGCCACGUCAGUGGCAGCUUUCUCACCCACCGGAGUCUGUCCGGUUGUCCCCGUGCCACAUCUGCUAUGAAGAAGGCAAGGAUGACCGGGGUUGAAAUGCUCACAAUCAAGCAGAGAGCAAGUAAAGGCAUAGAAAAUGAUGAGGAGAUUAAACAACUGGAUGAGGAAAUCAAAGACCUGAACGAAUCGAACAAUCAAGUAGAGUCAGACAUGAUAAAAUUAAGGACUCAAAUCACCACCAUGGAGACUAACCUGAAGUCCAUCGAGGAGGAAAACAAGGCCAUAGAGCAGCAGAACGACUCGCUGCUGCAUGAGCUCGCCAACCUCAGCCAGUCCCUCAUCAACAGUCUUGCCAACAUCCAGCUUCCACACAUGAAACCGAUGCCACUGAAAGAGGCCCCUGUUAAAAAUUACUGCUGUUUACAGAUGCCCCAAAGAGAGCCGAUGAACGAGCAAAACUUUGACACUUAUGUGAGCACUUUGACAGAUAUGUACACUCACCAGGACCAGUACCAGAGCCCGGAGAACAAGGCCCUCUUGGAGAACAUAAAGCAAGCGGUUCAAGGCAUCCAAGUGUAGCUUUGCGACUGUAACGGGGUCAUGUGAUCAGAGCGUUAAGAAACAAAAGAAACCCAUCAUGUAAAAAGUAUGGAUAACGAGUAUGAUUUUUUUGCUGCUGUAAUUUAUUGUAUUAUUUGGCAUUAUUUAUGAUUCUGUUAUGCUUUUGACAAAAAAUUACAUAACUUAUUUGUUGCCUUGCUUUAAGAUGACGACUACCGAUGGCAAAUGUUUGGAGGACCAUUCAUGUUUUGUACAUUUUUCAUAUGACCUGACAUAAUGUGAUGUACUGUUUAUAGCUGCUAAUGUAUGCACAUUUUAGUGUAUAUGUAUUUAUUAAUUGUAAACAAAAACCAUCCAUUAUUUUAAAUCUAAAGAGGUGCAGAGGGGAUACAUUGAGGGAAUGUAAGGGCAAUCAGCUUCAAUCUGAGCUUCUCUUUAUGGAGCUAAUGGGAACUAAUGUGCUGUGCAGGCUGUUCAAUGGGUGUACAGUGGUACAUUUUUGUGGUUCGAUUUUGGGUACAUUUUGUAAAAAUAUUGAGAAACGUUGUCUUUUGGUUCCAAA